AUUCAAGCGUUAUUUGUCUUUCCCAUACAAAUUCGUUUAGCGUGAAUACUCACGUCUGUCUAAACGUGAUAUUUUUGUCUCAAGCCUGAAAGAAUAUUUUAGUUUUUACUCUUAAUAAGCGCUCAGUGGAACGUAGCAUAAAUUAUUCGUCUUGUUAGUUGUCAGUUAACAUUAAUAGAGGCCGUCAAUUGUCACGUAGGCACAAAACUAUGAAUUUUAACUAACGUUUUAUUUUUAAAACUGCCUAAAACAAACAACACGUAACUGUUGGCUGUUAUAUUUUAUUUAGCGAAUUAUAUUUUUGAAUAAUUAUUACUCAAGCUCUAUUAAAUACAGAGCAAUGGAUUCUAUUACAAGUACAGAUGAUUUGAAUACUGAAACGAAAUAUCGGCAAGAGAACAUUCUUUUGGACAUAAUAAAAGAAGUUUGCUGUGCUAGUGACUCUAAAUUGUCGUCUAAACUAAUUGGUAAAGUUAAUAGAAUUAUAGCGGACUGUGAUCUUACUCAUCAUUCUAGUUUACACAAACUUUCGACUGCUGAUGAAAGUACAGCAACUGUUUUAGGGUUUAUGAACCAAACAGCAACAGAGUUAACCUUUGAUGAGCAAACAGAAUUAAAUGAGGCUAUUUUAAAUAGAAUACAAACUAAACUACCAAUAUACAAUGCUGAAUUAAAUCAACUGCAAGAGGCAAUAGGAGCUAAAAAAUCCCACAAAAAUACCAUACAAGAAUUACAGAAAAGCUUAGAUGAUAAAAUAACUGUAUUGAAAGAGCAGGAGAAUGAAAAGGUGGAUUUAAUGAUGGAAUGGCUCAAUCAUAGAUUACACUAUGUUUCGACAUUUACAAAUAAUACUACUGAACUAUUGACACUCAAAACUAAAAUAUUGGAAGUUAAAUCAAGAAUUAUGCAUUUAAAUAUCCUGCAAAAUAUUUAUAUGGAAACAAAUGAUUCUAUUAAAGCCUACACUGAAAUCCAUAAGGAUUUAAAAGACAGCAUCAAAGAAACUGAGCAAAGGAUUAAAGAUUAUAAAGAAAUUAUACAAAACAGUUAAUCUUCACUUUAUAUUUGAUUUAAUUUUUUUUAAUAAAGUAUGUCACUUAAUCAUUUACCU